AUGGGCGCCUCCGGAGGAGACGUUGAUUUUCAACUUUACCGCUACACUCCUUCGCCGCCGCGGUGGUUUUCACCGUCAUGUUCUUUCUCACCACUCUGUACCAUAUCCAGCAGCUUUCGAAAAGCCGCUGCUGGGGGAGGAAUCAUGGCGAGCGGUACAGUCAGCUCAAUGACGACCGGCGAGCACAUCACAAUCGUGGGCCUCUAUGUUCAACUUGUGUUUUUCACAUUUUUCUUCCUCGCGUCGCUUUUAUUCCAUAUCCGAAUCCGCUCGAAACUGACUCAGCAAACCAUUCAAGCGACACAAGAGCGUGGCUUGCACACCACCCGGAGCUGGGAGUCCGUCAUUUGGGGGCUUUACAUUGCCAGUGUGUUAAUUCUGAUCCGAUCUGUUUUCCGUAUUAUCGAAUAUGCUCAAGGGAAUGGCGGAUAUCUGAUCAGCCAUGAGGCUUUCAUGUAUGGGUUCGAUUCGACACUGAUGCUAUUUGCAAUGGUGGCGAUGAAUGUGCUUCACCCGUCUGUGAUAUUGUCCUCGACCCAAAUGGGAGAUCAGAAUCCGUUGGAACUUUGA